AGCAGGGUCACGUGACUCAGCAUGGAGGCGGUGGCGGCGGUGGCAGCAGCGGCGGCGGCGGCAGCGGCUGGGCUGGCGACGGUACUGGCGGCGGCCGGGAGGAGCCGCCGGGCCAGGAGCCGCACUUGUUAGUGUGUGCGUGUGUGGGUGCGCCUCGAAGGGGCGGAAGGACGGGGGACGAGGACACCGUCACCGGGGACUACGACGAGGAGAAAGCGGGGACGGGGGGCGCUAUCAGGCUCCGACCCCCGGCCGAGGGGAUGAAGGGAGUAUGGGCGCCAAGGAGUCACGGAUCGGAUUCCUCAGCUACGAGGAGGCGCUGAGGAGAGUCACAGAUGUAGAGCUGAAACGAUUGAAAGAUGCCUUCAAGAGGACUUGUGGACUUUCAUGUUACAUGGGCCAACAAUGCUUCAUUAGGGAAGUACUUGGGGAUGGAGUUCCACCAAAAGUUGCAGAGGUGAUCUAUUGUUCAUUUGGUGGAACAUCCAAAGGGCUACAUUUCAAUAAUUUGAUAGUAGGACUUGUCCUCCUCACAAGAGGCAGAGAUGAAGAGAAAGCAAAAUACAUUUUUAGUCUUUUUUCAAAUGAAUCUGGGAGUUAUGUUGUACGGGAAGAAAUGGAAAGAAUGCUCCAUGUCGUGGAUGGAAAAGUCCCAGAUACCCUUAGGAGGUGUUUUUCAGAGGGUGAAAAAGUUAACUAUGAGAAGUUUAGAAACUGGCUACUACAAAACAAAGAUGCUUUCACUUUUUCCCGAUGGCUACUAUCUGGAGGUGUUUAUGUUACUCUCACUGAUGACAGUGAUACCCCUACUUUCUACCAAACUCUGGCUGGAGUCACACAUUUGGAAGAAUCAGACAUCAUUGAUCUUGAGAAACGCUAUUGGCUGCUGAAGGCUCAAUCCCGGACUGGCCGUUUUGAUUUAGAGACAUUUGGCCCUUUGGUUUCGCCACCCAUUCAUCCAUCUCUGAGUGAAGGUCUGUUUAAUGCCUUUGAUGAAAAUCGUGACAAUCACAUAGACUUUAAAGAGAUAUCCUGUGGGUUGUCAGCAUGUUGCAGAGGACCUCUGGCUGAAAGACAAAAAUUUUGUUUUAAGGUAUUUGAUGUUGACCGUGAUGGAGUCCUCUCACGAGUUGAACUUAGAGACAUGGUUGUGGCGCUUUUAGAGGUUUGGAAAGACAACCGCACAGAUGAUAUCCCUGAACUGCACAUGGAUUUGUCAGCCAUUGUAGAAGGAAUAUUGAAUGCACAUGACACCACAAAGAGGGGCCAUCUUACUCUGGAGGACUAUCAGAUCUGGAGUGUGAAAAACGUUCUUGCCAAUGAAUUUUUAAAUCUCCUUUUCCAGGUGUGCCAUAUAGUCUUGGGUUUAAGACCUGCUACUCCAGAAGAAGAAGGACAAAUCAUUAGGGGUUGGUUAGAAAGAGAGAGCAGGUACGGCUUGCAACCAGGACACAACUGGUUUAUCAUUUCCAUGCAGUGGUGGCAGCAAUGGAAAGAAUAUGUCAAAUAUGAUUCUCAUCCUGUUGUGAUGGAGCCUGCUUCUGUUCUUAAUGGAGGGAAGCAUUCACUUGGUGCAGAAGUACAUCCCAUGGAACAGGGGGAUGAAAGAAUGAGUGGAGGUCUCAAUUAUAUAAGUCCCACAGAAGAAAAAUUGUCAGAUAAUAUUUCUACUGCAUCUGAAGCCUCAGAGACUGCUGGCAACAGCUUUCUAUAUUCUGGCACCCCAGGGACUGAUAUGUGUUUUGCUAGACAACAUAACACUUCAGACAAUAACAAUCAGUGUUUACUUGGAUCCAAUGGAAACAUCUUACUACAACUCAAUCCACAGAAACCAGGAGCUAUUGAUAACCAGCCUUUGGUAACUCAAGAACCAGUAAAGGCUACAUCUCUAACACUAGAAGGGGGACGAUUGAAACAAGCUCCACAACUAAUCCAUGGCAGAGAUUAUGAAAUGGUUCCAGAACCAGUGUGGAGAGCACUUUAUCAUUGGUAUGGAGCCAAUUUGGCCCUUCCUAGACCGGUAAUCAAGAAUAGCAAAACUGACCUGCCAGAGUUAGAAUUGUUUCCUCGAUAUCUUCUCUUCCUGAGACAGCAACCUGCUACCCGGACACAGCAGUCUAACAUCUGGGUGAAUAUGGGGAAUGUGCCUUCUCCAAAUGCUCCCUUAAAGCGGGUGUUAGCCUACACAGGCUGUUUUAGUAGGAUGCAAACCAUCAAGGAAAUUCAUGAGUAUCUGUCUCAGAGGUUGCGCAUCAAAGAGGAAGACAUGCGCCUAUGGUUAUACAACAGUGAGAACUAUCUUACUCUUCUGGAUGAUGAGGAUCAUAUGUUAGAAUAUCUGAAAAUCCAGGAUGAACAGCACUUAGUGAUUGAAGUUCGGAACAAAGAUAUGAGCUGGCCAGAAGAGAUGUCAUUUAUAGCAAAUAGUAGUAAAAUAGACAGACACAAGGUUCCCACAGAAAAAGGAGCCACUGGCUUAAGUAACCUGGGAAAUACAUGCUUUAUGAACUCCAGCAUUCAGUGUGUCAGUAACACACAGCCACUAACUCAGUAUUUCAUCUCAGGGAGACAUCUUUAUGAACUCAACAGGACCAAUCCCAUUGGGAUGAAGGGUCACAUGGCCAAAUGUUAUGGGGACUUAGUGCAGGAGCUAUGGAGUGGAACACAAAAGAAUGUUGCCCCUCUAAAGCUUCGGUGGACCAUAGCAAAAUAUGCUCCCAGAUUUAAUGGUUUCCAGCAGCAAGAUUCCCAGGAACUUCUGGCCUUUCUCUUGGAUGGUCUUCAUGAAGAUCUCAACCGAGUUCACGAGAAACCAUAUGUAGAACUGAAGGACAGUGAUGGACGACCAGACUGGGAAGUGGCUGCAGAGGCCUGGGAUAAUCACCUGAGAAGGAAUCGAUCAAUUGUUGUGGAUUUAUUCCAUGGGCAGCUAAGAUCCCAAGUCAGAUGCAAAACAUGUGGGCAUAUAAGUGUCCGGUUUGACCCUUUCAAUUUCUUAUCUUUACCACUACCUAUGGAUAGUUACAUGCACUUAGAAAUAACAGUUAUCAAGUUAGAUGGUACUACUCCUGUUCGAUAUGGGCUGAGGCUGAACAUGGAUGAAAAGUACACAGGGCUCAAAAAGCAACUGAGUGACCUUUGUGGACUUAAACCAGAACAGAUUCUUCUUGCAGAAGUACAUGGUUCUAACAUAAAGAACUUUCCUCAGGAUAACCAAAAGGUACGGCUCUCAGUGAGUGGAUUUUUGUGUGCAUUUGAGAUUCCCACCCCAGGAUCCCCCACCUCAGCUUCAAGUCCAGUACAGACAGAUUUCUCUGGCCUAUCUACAAAUGGGAUGCUGAAUAUAUCCACCAAUGGGGAUCUUCUCCGACCAACUCUCAUUCCUAAUGGAAUGCCAAACACUGUUGUGCCAUGUGGAAUUGAAAAGAACUUCACAAAUGGAAUACUGAAUGGCCACGUGACAUCAUUUCCUGACAGUCCUUUCAUUGGUUACAUCAUUGCAAUCCACAGGAAAAUGAUGAGGACAGAACUCUACUUUCUGUCAUCUCAGAAGAAUCGUCCCAGCCUCUUUGGCAUGCCAUUGAUUGUUCCAUGUACUGUGCAUACUCGGAAAAAAGACCUCUAUGAUGCUGUUUGGAUUCAGGUAUCCCGACUAGCCAGCCCACUUCCUCCUCAGGAAGCCAGUAACCAUGCUCAGGAUUGUGAUGACAGCAUGGGGUAUCAGUAUCCAUUUACACUAAGAGUUGUGCAGAAGGAUGGAAACUCCUGUGCUUGGUGUCCGUGGUACAGAUUUUGCCGAGGCUGUAAAAUUGAUUGUGCUGAAGAUAGAGCUUUCAUUGGAAAUGCUUAUAUUGCUGUGGAUUGGGACCCAACAGCUCUUCAUCUUCGCUACCAGACUUCACAGGAAAGGAUUGUGGAAGAGCAUGAAAGUGUAGAGCAGAGCCGCAGAGCACAAGCAGAGCCCAUCAACCUGGACAACUGCCUGUGUGCCUUCACCCACGAGGAAGAAUUGGGGGAGAAUGAGAUGUAUUACUGUUCUAAGUGCAAAACCCACUGCUUGGCCACCAAAAAGCUGGACCUUUGGAGACUUCCUCCAAUUCUGAUAAUUCAUCUAAAACGAUUUCAGUUUGUGAAUGGCCGCUGGAUAAAAUCACAGAAAAUUGUUAAAUUUCCUCGUGAAAGUUUCGACCCCAGUGCUUUUCUUGUGCCAAGAGAUCCAGCUCUGUGCCAACGAAAACUACUCACACCCCAAGGGGAUGAUCUUUCUGAGCCACGGAUUCUCCAGGGAGAAGUAAAGAAAGUAGAUCUCCAGAACACAUGGACUACUGGGGAGGGGGAUAUGUUGAGCAAGAGUCCAUCCUCACUGAGUGGGAACAUCAUCUGUAACACAAAAGGUUCACCUUCUUUAGCAAGGAAAAGUGGUACCAGUUGUCCCUCAAGCAAAAAUAGCAGCCCAAACAGCAGCCCACGGACUUUAGGAAGGAGCAAAGGGCGGCUUCGACUGCCCCAAAUUGGCAGCAAAAACAAACUCUCAAGUAGCAAAGAGAACUUGGAUGCCAGUAGAGAGAAUGGCACUGACCAGCCUUUUGAGCUGGCAGAUGUCAUGAGCAGAGGGCAUGUGUUAGGUGGCAGCCAACCUGAACUAUUCACUCUUCAGGAUCAUGAGACCACUUUGGCUAACGGAUUCCUUUAUGAGCAUGAUGCUUAUAAUAAUGGCUGCAGCAAUGGUCAUAUGGAAAACCACAGUGAGGAAGACAGUGUGGAUGACCAAAGAGAAGAUGUCUGUGUUAAACCUAUUUACAACUUAUAUGCAAUUUCAUGCCAUUCAGGAAUUAUGGGUGGGGGCCAUUAUGUCACUUAUGCCAAAAAUCCAAACAACAAGUGGUACUGCUAUAAUGACAGCAGCUGCAAGGAACUCCACCCAGAUGAAAUUGACACUGACUCGGCCUACAUUCUUUUCUACGAGCAACAGGGAAUGGACUAUGCACAAUUUCUGCCAAAGAUCGAUGGCAAAAAGAUGGCAGACACAAGCAGCAUGGAUGAAGACUUUGAGUCUGAUUACAAAAAGUACUGCGUGUUACAGUAAACUCAUAACUCUUCCUGUCAGGAAAGGGGAUAUCGGGAAAACAGCUCCUUGCAACUGAUUUUUGUCAAAAGCAUCACUGAAGCAGGCAAACUAAAUAGUUAUUUUAUCCUGUGACCCUGAAGCACAAAAUGAAAAGCCUAAUUAAAUAGCUGUUAACAUAAUGAUAGGAUUGUUUUCUUUUGGGAAUAACUCAUUACAAGCUCACACAAGUGCUUUGAUGGGAGUGACAGUCAGAGGCUGCCAUUGUCUGGUGAACAAAAUAGUUUGGCAUGCCAGCGAACUAGGACCAAGUAAGAGCUAGUCUGUAGUGUGUAGAGUCUACUGGUUAUCCUAACAAAAUAGGAAGGGUCUCCUUAGAGUAAGAGUAAAACAAACAAAAAAAAUGUAGUGUUGUCUGGAGACGACAUGAUUUGCUACCUCCUUUUUCCUGAAUUUUUAUUCCAUUAUAGUGACAAGAAGUGGAAAGCAAGAUCAUGAAAAGGUGUAGAUGUGACUCUGGUAUGAGCGCUUUUUUUAGACAUCUUGCCAAUAUUUAUAUGUCUAUAUUGAUUUUUGUUUUGUUUUUGUAUUUGGAACACAACUAAAACAUUGGUGGCAGAGGUAUGUUGUAAUCUGCCCAGAUAAGAUUUUUCUCAGUUAAUCUCCAGCCAGUGGCUAAAAGGCUUUUGGGGAGCUACGUGCAGGGAGAGACACCUGAGGGAUGAUUGUCCAGGCAAAGGCACUUUGGUUUAGGAUACACCCAACAUGCAUCUAUUUCCCAACAGCUUGAUUCUGGAGGGAUGUUUGCAUUUUUUUCACCUUGUAUCAAAGCGCACAUAUUGCACAGGGGGUUCCUGGAAGAAAAGUUGUAUCAAGAGCUAAGUUGUGUUUUGUGAUUGGUAUUUUUUUUUGCACUUUAAAAAACAAAAUAAAUAAUUCAUACAGCUUAAUGUUCAAAAGCCUCCUAUUUGGUGGCUCUAAAGUGACUAUUUUUGUUCCCUACUAUGAAAUUUAAAAACAACCCAAUACCUAAACGUUGAUAAUUUCUAGAUAGUUCUCAUGAAAUUGGUGACUAUGUUUUUAUCAUUCAGUACUUGGUAUAGAAUAAAUCUUUUAUUGGUUUGCAUUAUUUCAUUUAUAAAGUAAAGAAUUGCUGUACCCAUUUUGGCAUUUGACAAUUUUUAGGGCUUUUAAAUUUUUAUAUUUACUAGUCAUAAUAUUUUGUGAUUCCUUUACUUUCCUCUAAUUAUUCAGGACUGGAAGAAAGGCAUAUAUAUUAUUUAUUUGAGACAGCAUUUUAACAUUUUUUUCCAGUGUUGAUAUUUUAAAAUAUUUUUGAAGUAAAUGUUUUAUUUUUUUUUCAUCCUUCUCUUGUUUGACUUAAAUCCUGAUGUGUUAACUGUCAUUAAUCACUACAAUACCAAAUUCCAUCAGGGGAUAAUUAUUGAUGUGAUCAACAUUUGUGUUCUGAUUUCUGCGUCUGGUUAAUAUCUGGUUUCCCUUUUGUGCAUUUUACAACAGUGUCUUAAUCUGCCUGCAAUCUUUUUUCCAUUAAGAAUUGAAAAAAAAAUUGUGUCAUUUCACAUGGAGAAGAUGAUCUUACCAAUUCAGAAUGAAAUUUUAUUUUAAUAAGGCAACAUAAGUAAACAGCGGGAUUUAGGAGGCUGGUGAAAAUAAAGCAAAAUACAGACUUCCUGGUUUUAGAACUUUCAGUACACAAAAAUUUUGUCUUUUCCUACUUGGACAAGCUCCAUGAAAAAGUAAAAGAUUUUCAAUAAUUUCCUUACCAAUAUUUUAUUUAAGCAGGUAGCACACAAUCUACUAAUGUUAUUUGAUCUGUGUUUGUUAUAUUGGUUGUAAUUAUUUUUUAAUUAAAUUAAUUCAUGAAUUAGCAGAAAAUUUAUUAAAUUAAUUAUUAAUAUUAAUUACAUUCACUUUGUAAAUUAUUGUAUAAAACUUAUUGACAUUGCACUGACUUUAGAAAGAUGUUCAUGUACAUAAAUACAGUGUAAAUAAAAUAGUGUUGAUGGUAUUGAAAUAUAAACUGUAUAAAAAAGCAUCAGUAAUUGUAUAUGGAGUGAACCUGUUUAUCUGUAACUAUUAUUACAAUAAAUUAAAUACUGUGGAUGCA